CUCCUUUUUCUCUCUUAAAAAAAGAAAAAGAAAAUAAAAUUAAUUGAAGGCCUCCUGAGAGAGGGAGGGAGAGAGAGAGAGAGAGAAAGAACACGCAUCGUUUUUCCUUCAAUUCUUUCAUUUUUCCCGAAUUUGGAAGCAACUUCACGUCGAUCGGGAUUUGGGAAGAAGGAUCACUUCGUUACCGCGUUGACACACCGAUCUAGGGUUUUUUGUUUGUUUGUUUUUUUUUUUUUCGAAUUUAAUUAUAGAAUCAAUUCCAUAGCAAAUUCGCCUCACGUCAAUUCAAAUAUAUUCGGUUUGGUGUCAAUCAUGAUGCGAUGAUAUAGGAAGGAGAGAGGUUACGAGUGUUUGGGAGAUUGACUUUACAUUGGGAUCGAUGCAGAUGGGAAGAAGGGAGAGGCGGAAUGGGAAUUAUAAUCACAACAAUUGUGCUUGGUAUGAUAGGGAAGAUGUAGAUCACAGAGAUAGAGAUAGAGAGUCUUUGCCGAUCUCGUCGCCUCCGUCUGCGCGUUCUUCCGGUUGUGCAGUUGGUUGCAUCCAACACCCAGUUUCCAAGCUGGACACUCUCGCCGGCAUUGCCAUCAAAUACGGCGUCGAGGUGGCCGACAUCAAAAAGAUGAAUGGUUUGGUUACAGAUCGUCAAAUGUUUGCUCUCAACUCUCUCCAGAUUCCACUACCCGGAAGGCAUCCUCCAUCUCCUUGUUUAUCAAAUGGUUCUCUCACUCCCGGACAGAGCAGUUCCGACCACACCCCACCUCGGCAUGUGCGCAGUGAUUUUUUUGAAUCGUUUCAAUCCCUCAGAGUUAAGUCUCCCCAGCAGAGGGUCUCUCCCGCCAUGAGCUCCUUACAAGGUUACUAUGGACUCAAACCAAUAGAGCAGAAACCUGCGCAUGAAGGUUUUGAAAUGGCAGUCUACAGAGGAGGAGGUUCUCAUUAUCUAGAAGAUGGUCCUUUCCUCAGCACCUCACCACCUCCAAACCCUCCUUUGAGCCAUCACCGAAAAUCUAAAAGUUUGGUUAAUUCAUUAUUGGAUGAGAAUGGUGAACUAGCUGACAUCCUGCCUGUUGCAGAAGCUGAUUCUGAUAAACGGAAUGAGAAACUGCACAGAAGGCGUCAGAAGUCUGAGGCUGACUUCACUUCUCGCACACCAGAUAUGUUAUUGGAAGACAACAGCAACAGUGGUGGGUUUGUGGCAAUAACGGGAAAGGGCUUAGCCUUGAGAUCUAAAGCAGCAAGCCGAAUGACGUCAACAAGUGAUGCGGAAACAGGUGGGUUGAACCCAAUACCAGUUGGUCUGGGGGAUUCUAUUGUGGCUGAUAGUUUGUCUGGGGUGAGGAAGUCGUCAAGCACAUCAAGUUUGCAGGAUCAGGACAACGGUGGUUCUUUAUCCAUCUGGACUCAUUCAAUGUGGAGCUUGAAGCCAGAUUUACAGGCCUUUUCGAAUGCAGCCUCUGCAAAACCUAUCUUUGAUGGCUUGCCGAAGCCAAUACCAACUCGAAGAAACAAAACCGCACUUGAUUAGCUCACGUUGAUAUAAUUAAUUUGGUUAUCCAUCUUGAUCAAUUUUUUUUUUCUCAGGCCAUCUAUUGCCUGCUCAUAAUGGGUAAAUAGAGUGAGAAAAUAGAACGGUUAAAUAAGGGAGUUCAUUGAUAAAACGUCAUGUCGAUUUUCUGUUUUCUGGAGAAGGUUUUACAUGUCUACUAAGGAAACUAACAUAUAGAGCAAAGGAUGGGGAUGAAAGAAGCAGCCGAAACGUGUAUGCGUUCCUUCUUACAUUUUUGUGUUAAGAUUUUUGCUAGAGGAACUUAUAUGCAUUACGGGGGCUUUUGGGGAAUGUAUAUUAGAUUUUUAGGUCUCCAAUUGAAGGAAAUAUACGUAUUGUUUAUUUGUUUAUUUUUUGAUCUUGCACUUUUGUUGUCAUAUUCACAUUAGAACUGGAGAUUGCUACAGUAAUCGUUUGUGGUAUUGCUGAGUGGCCAAGACAAUCGGCACCAGAUCUGUUUUUUCA